GGAACUUCUGUCCACUCAUUCUUCAAGCUUUUCUCGUGUCUCAGUCGAUCUUCACCUUUUCCCGUCCCGUCUCAUCACAUUCCUCACCAUGGGCCUCAGCAGCAUGUUCACAACAACAGGUUUAAUCCUGGCCGCCACGUGUCUUGUCCCUGUGACUGCGAAGCCUCCCUGUCCUCCAAUUCCGCAAGCUGCUCUUCCUCAGGGUGACAUUCAAGGUUUCCGUGACAAGCACUGUAACGCCGUUUAUCUUGGUGUUCCUUUUGCUGCUUCCACUGGUGGCCAAAACAGAUGGAAGGCUCCUCAGGAUCUUCCCGAGUCUCGUUCCAAGUUCCAGGCUACGUCAUAUGGUGCGACAUGUCCUCAAGCCAUCUCAAACGAUGCCUUUACUCGUCAAGAUGAGGAUUGUCUGAACCUUAACAUCUGGGCCCCAUCCAAGGGCAAGAACUUGCCUGUAUUCGUUUACAUGUAUGGUGGUGCUAUGGUCACUGGCUCCAGCAGCAACCCCCAGAUCCAAGGCACAAACUUUGCUCGCAAUGGAGUUGUUUACGUCAACUUCAAUACCCGCGAGAGCAUCUUUGCUUCGCCUCAUUCUUCUGAGUUGACGAGCGCCAACCCUGAUGAGACACAGAACUUUAGCAUUUUGGAUGUCGAGAAGGCUCUUGACUGGGUCCACAAGAACAUCAGGGCCUUUGGAGGUAACCCUGACCAUAUUGUCUUUGGUGGUCACUCUUCUGGUGGUGUCCAGGUCGAUCACUACCUAUGGAACAACCCCAACACCUUCCUCAAGGGUGCCGUCGAGAUGAGCGCCAACGCCAUGUCCGGCCCCGCUUACGCUCCCGUUGAUGAGGCUCUUAACGCUGUCGCCGAGGAAGUUGGCUGCCCCAAGGGCGGCAACGGUCAGCUCGACUGUCUCCGCAACAAGGACAUUCUUGACUUCCAGACCAAGAACUUCAACUCCACCUUCAACACUUGGUUCACUCCCGUUGUUGACGAUAUCACCCGCUUCUCUGACUACUCUGCCCGUUUCGCUGCCGGAAACUAUCCUUCCCAUGUCCCCAUGCUGACUGGUACCUCCAACGGAGAGGGUACCAUCUUCAGCCUCGUCUACGGCGCUGAGAACAGCAACUUCAGCUCUUGGAUCAACACUUUCGAUGCCGAUAGCGCUCAUAUCCCCGAUGAGUCUCUGAUCCAGGCAUACAACCCCAACGACUACGCCACCGAGUCUCUCCGCAGCGGUAUCCAGUACGGUGAUGCCCGCUUCAACUGUCCCGUUGACUAUCUCCUCGACAUGCGAAGUGAGCAGCAGAAGACCUGGGUCUACCGCUUCUUCGGCAAGUACGAUAACGUCGUUGGACCCCCCAACACUGCUCCUACCCACGGUACUGAGGUUCCUUUCUUCCACGGCGGUAAUGAGUGUUUUGCCGCUCUUCAGGGUGUCACCAAGGCUCAGCAGGCUCUUGCCGAUUCUAUCCACAACUGGUUUGUUCAGUGGAUCAAGAACCCCGCUGCUGGACCUGGCUGGGAUACCGUUGACAAGGCCGAGGAGGUGGUCAAGCUUGGAGUUCCCGGUGACGAGCUUGCCCGUGGCAAGGCUCCCCGCAGCGAGUUCAAUGCUGUCUGCCAGGCUGUCUACAAGCCCAACUUCCCUAAGUACCCCGUCGUCCAGUCCGUCGCUGGUCUUGUCGAGGAGCUCUUGGGCUCUGCCUAAACUUAUAUACAUAUAGAUUACGAUCUGCCUCCGAGAUAUGAAUAGUGUUGGGACACAUGAUGAAGCAAUGCUGCAGUGCCAUUCUUGAUGAUUGACUUUAGUCAACUAUGAAAACUUGAUAGAUA